UUUUACUUACUUAUGAGAGAGAGGCUCAGGGAGAAGUAGGCCUCAUGCAGGGAGCCCGGUGUGGGACUCAAUCCCGGGUCUCCAGGAUCAGGCCCUGGGCUGAAGGUGGCACUAAACUGCUUAGCCACCAGGGCUGCCCAGCCCCUAUAUUUCUGAUAAGCUUCCAGUGAUACAGAUACUGCUAGUCCAGACCACAUUUUGAGUAGCAAGGAUCUAGAACAAUGGUUAUCAAAUAUUUCUAUGAUUAGAAUCACCUGGGAAGUUCAAAAAAAUUUUGCUAUCUAUAAUAGAAUCAGCCUCUGGGGAUGGGACCCAGACAUCAGUAUUUUUUUUAAAAAACUCUCCAAGGGAUUCCAAUGUGCAUUCAAGUUUUAAGUUAAGGAUCUCAUAGGUUAAGUUUCAGAAUUCUUUUCAAUAUAUAAAACAGAUAAACAAGGAGUUAAUGCUUAAACAGGGAGUGGAAGAUGGGAGACUUCAAGCCCACCUUUUAACCCCUUUGAGGUCUUAAAGAUCUAGAUCAGCUCCUUUAUUUUACAGAGGAAGAUACAGGCCUAAAAAGUGAGUGACUUAUCCAUGAUCAGAGCUAAUUUGUGACAGAGCUACAACUGAUAUUUCCUUUCCCCAAAUUUGAGAUACCCUGUCACUUAUAAGUCACUUAUAAACCAGCUAUGAAGCUGAUGACUCAAGUGAUUUCCUGUCACUUAAAAGUCACUUAUAAACCAGCCAUGAAGCUGAUGACUCAAAUUUAAUACUUGGCCUGACUUAAUAAGUAAUGUCUAAUGAGCUGAAAUAAACUGUAUCUUGGAGACUUUUAAGUCGAGUCAGAAAAUUGUAGAGGGCAGACAGAGGUGAUGCAUUUUUUCUAGCAAGAUAUUAAGAGUUACCCAGGGGUUGUUCUGUAGGUUGGGUUAAUUUUGUUAUUAAGAUUCCCCCCAUGCCACCCCCCCCUUUUUUUUUUUUAAAUUUUAGGUGUGUACAAGAUGAUGCACCAUAAGCCACAGCCCCCUCAACCACUGCUGUAACCUUUGCUUCUGUGCUCACUUUACCCUGGCAUUUUCCCAUACUUUUGUUUUUAUUGUUAAACUUAGGAUGCUGAGAAUUGUGUUAGUCACAGAAUUUUAGGUGAAGGAAGGGACCUUGGAAAUACUUGGGUGCAACCUGUUCUUACUGAUAAAAAAUGGAAUCUUUAAAAAGGUGUAUGUGUGAGUGUGAGAAAUGCUGUCAUGUCUAAAUAUAUGGAAGGAAACAACAAUUAACUUACUGGGUAGUAAUUCUGUUUGGGAUGAUAUUUUAGGCGUGGGUUAAAAAUGGUGUCCUAGUCACAGAGGGAGUCAUGUUAUACUAUGGUUUUAAGUUAUGGCAUUUGUUUUUAUCUUAUUUAUUUAUUAAUCUUAUUUUUUGAGAGAGAGUGAGUGUGCAUGGGCAGGGAAGGGGCAGAGGGAGAAACAGAUUCCUUGCUGAGUAGGGAGCCAGACAUGGAACUCCACCGGGAUCAUGAGCUGAGCCGAAGGCAGAUGCUUAACUGAGCUACCCAGGUGCCCUGUUUUUAUCUUAAAAUUUCACUUCUCUAAUGUGUUCUUGGUCUUCAGUAAACAAUUGGAAUGAAAUGGAAUAAACAGUUUUUCAGUGAAUCCUUUAGAGAGGCCUUGCUACUCUUUGACUAUGACAAGGUGGAACUGGCCAAUAUGAAUAGACUUUUCUUCCAACCUCAUCAAGCAGGAUUAAGUAAAGUUCAAGCAGCAGAAUAUACUUUGAGGAACAUUAAUCCUGAUGUUCUUUUUGAAGUACACAACUACAAUAUAACCACAGUCGAAAACUUUCAACAUUUCAUGGAUAGAAUAAGUAAUGGUGGAUUAGAAGAAGGAAAACCUGUUGACCUAGUUCUUAGCUGCGUGGACAAUUUUGAAGCUCGGAUGACAAUAAAUACAGCUUGUAAUGAACUUGGGCAAACGUGGAUGGAGUCUGGGGUCAGUGAAAAUGCUGUGUCAGGGCAUAUACAGCUCAUAAUUCCUGGAGAAUCUGCUUGUUUUGCGUGUGCUCCACCACUUGUAGUUGCUGCAAAUAUUGAUGAAAAGACUCUGAAACGAGAAGGUGUUUGUGCAGCCAGUCUUCCUACCACAAUGGGAGUGGUUGCUGGGAUCUUAGUUCAAAAUGUGUUAAAGUUUCUGUUAAAUUUUGGUACUGUUAGUUUUUACCUUGGAUAUAAUGCAAUGCAAGAUUUUUUCCCUACUAUGUCCAUGAAGCCAAAUCCUCAGUGCGAUGACCGAAAUUGCAGGAAGCACCAAGAAGAAUACAAGAAAAAGGUAGCAGCAUUGCCCAAACAGGAGGCUAUUCAAGAAGAGGAAGAGAUAAUACAUGAAGACAAUGAGUGGGGUAUUGAGUUGGUAUCUGAGGUUUCAGAAGAGGAACUGAAAAAUUCUUCAGGUCCAGUUCCUGACUUACCUGAAGGAAUUACAGUGGCAUAUACAAUUCCCAAAAAGCAAGAAGAUUCUGUAGCUGAGGUAACUGUGGAAGAUUCUGGUGAAAGCUUGGAAGACCUUAUGGCCAAAAUGAAGAAUAUGUAGAUAAUGGACUGACCUAUUAUUUCCUGAGUUUAAGCCUACUCUCUUGCAAUAAAAAAAAAAAGAAAAGAAAAGAAAAAUUUUUUUUAAAAAACCAACAACGCGGGCAGCCCGGGUGGCUCAGUGGUUUAGUGUUGCCUUCGGCCCAGGGCGUGAUCCUGGAGUCCUGGGAUCGAGUCCUACAUCGGGCUCCCUGCGUGGAGCCUGCUUCUCCCUCUGCCUGCGUCUCUGCCUCUCUCUCUCUCUGUCUGUCUUUCAGGAAUAAAUAAAGUCUUUAAAAAAAAAAAAAACCCAACAAUGCUUAGGGCAACAUUGAUACAUAAUCUUCACAGAAUUGUUAACACUUUUUGAAAUUACUGUUAUUUGUGCCUUUUUAACUCAAUCAGUAAUUCCUAAAACUCCUGUUUCAUUCCAGUUAAAAAAAACUUGAAAACUUAGCCACUGAAAUGCUUUGACCUUUUGGGAGGGGUGGGAAGAAAAGGACCAAUAUGAUGCUAUAUUUCUUUUCCUUCUAGUAAUCCUUUGUGGUCUGUUGCCUGAGGCCAUGGGUAAUACAGUAGUAUGCAGUUCUCAAAUAUAGGGAAAGUACAGGAGGUACAACUUGUUGAUUAGAGCUAGCAGGUAUCUACUCAUUGAUUUAGAAUCCCUCUCUAUAAGAAAACUAUCCACUAUUAUUAACUUGGCCAACAGUGAAUUUAAAAUAUUUAAGCUACAAAAUAUCCUUUCAAAUGUUACCUGAUGAAAUACAAGCUAAAAUGUAGUCAUUGGAAAAGUCUGUACACCUGUGAAUUCAAAACCAGACAAAGGCAAAUAAAAGUAAGCUUUCUUCAUGGAUAAACAAAGGUAUUUUCAGGAAGUACAAAUUACUAUAUUUCUGCACUGAUCAAGGAAAAGAAAUCCUUGCAUCUGUAGAACAUACAUCUGGAGUCACUGCACUUUACUGAGGAUCAAGGAGUAAAUUUAGGCUAAGAUCCUCUAGAUUAUGCCCAUCAUAUGGGCUACUUACUGAAUACUUCAUAAAAUUUGAUUUUCUGGAUAACUAGAUAAUUGUCCUGUACUGGCAUAAAAGGGACCUAAGUUACCUCUGAAAUGAUGGACAUGUAUUUAUUCACUGGAAUAGUAUAAUUUACCCUGAUCAUGACCCACUAAAUUACAAAUUGAUAAACUGGUUUUCUCUAACAUUGCAUACAAAUAAUGAAAGCUUAGAGACCCUUAAAUUCCCAAUGGUUUGGAGACCAAUAAGAAUACAUAUGUGUAACCUUUAUCAGUAGGAUACUACUAUGCUGAUCCUCUAUAUUGAUGAUUUUUUUUUUUGCUUUGAAGAUAUGAAUGAGUAAAUUGUAUCUCUACAGAAGAAAUGUUAUGAAAUUUAAGAAUGCAAUUUUCACUUGUAAAAUAAAGUUUUAAAAACUGA